UGGAACCCAAACUAUUAUAUUAUAAAAAAAAACAUUUUAUACAUUUUCUCUCGACAAGAAUGGCUUCGAUCACCUUAAUGAUUCUAGCCGUUAUUUUGUGUUCCAGAACUUCAGGAGCAACUUCUCGUGGGGGGCUCUUUGAAGCUUCUGCUGUUACGGAGAAACAUGAGCAAUGGAUGGCUCGUUACCAUCGUGCUUACUCUGACGAAACUGAAAAAACAAAUAGGUUUGAGAUCUUUAAGAAGAACUUGGAGUUCGUGGAGAGGCACAACAUGAAUACGAACAUGACUUACAAGUUGGAUGUCAAUCAGUUCUCUGAUCUCACCGACGAGGAAUUUCGGGUGAGGUACACGGGGCUAGUGGUGCCUGAAGAUGUGCUAAAAAUUUCAUCGUCGGAUUCGGACAAAAAAGUGUCGUUUAAACAUGAAAAUGUCAGUGACACUGGUGAGAGCAUGGAUUGGAGACAGGAGGGGGCGGUUACCCCCGUUAAGAACCAAGGCCACUGUGGAGUCUGCUGGGCUUUCUCUGCUGUGGCAGCCGUAGAAGGCAUAACAAAGAUUGCAAAAGGUGAGCUUCUAUCGCUAUCGGAGCAGCAGCUGUUGGAUUGCAGCAGAGACUUCAACCAAGGAUGUGCGGGAGGGAUAAUGUCGAAGGCUUUCGAGUAUAUAAUCAAGAACCAAGGAAUCACAACCGAAGACAACUAUCCCUACCAGGAGUCACAACAAACAUGUUCUUCAACCAGACCCGUUGCUGCUACCAUUAGUGGAUACGAGACACUUCCACGUGAUGACGAGAAAUCAUUGCUAAAAGCAGUGUCUAAACAACCAGUUUCAGUGGCGAUAAAUGGCCACGAGGCUGCGUUUAAGCAAUAUCGGGGUGGCAUAUUUGACGGAGACUGUGGGACGCAACUGACUCAUGCGGUUACAAUUGUUGGUUACGGGAUGAGUGAAGAAGGAACUAAAUAUUGGCUGUUGAAGAACUCCUGGGGACAAACUUGGGGAGAAAAUGGUUACAUGAGAAUCAAGAGAGACGCGGAGUUACCCGAAGGAAUGUGUGGCUUGGCCCGUCUUGCUUUCUAUCCACUUGCAUGAAUAUCAUGUUAUGUUGUUACAAUAAUCUUAUGCAUUUGUGGUCCCACGUUUUCGUCGGAGUCAUAUCUAUUUUGGAAUUUAUGUUGCUGGAAGUGUUGAACAAACAAAAUGUUGCUGGAAGCAUGUAUUAUGUUGCCGUAAUAUUAUAUAUAAAGUUUCGUGGUAA